AGUAGUUAGAGCCUAAACACCAAUAGAGUUUGAUCUUCUCUAUAUCCAGACCCGACCCUGUUCGAGAACUGGUUCACUUGGAACAUUCUCUGCUAUGGCUUCUUUUUCAAUAGAAGAAUUUGUUGGGGAGGGAGUUCUGAAAGUGCUGCUUCCAAAGCUGUUGGAAGAAGGCUGGGACGAUGUGCCAACCUUAAAAAUCAUGAAUACAGAUGAUAUGGAUGCAUUAAGCAUGACACAGCUAGAGAAGGAUGCACUGGAAAUCAGGUCAUACCUGCAUGACCGUGCUUUGAUGCAAUAUGGGGAUAGGAUCGAGUCCAGUGGGAAAUGUCUGUCUGAGCUCCUUAACUUAAGCCCCGGAGAUCUUUCUUCCCAGUUUGGCAUGAAGCGAGGCCAUGUUGCCCGUUUUAUGGACAGAACCAGUGCUUGUGCAGAUCACCUACCAAACUCACAUCCUUCCCUUGCAACAGAAAAAAUUAGCUUACUUUCGAAAAAUACUAGCAUUCAAAGGAGUUUUCAAUCUGUAAACUCUCAGAAGUUUCAUAGUAAAUUACCAACAAGAAAUAGUUCAACCAAUAGCAAAUCUCUGCAACAAUCACUGGCCAGUUUUAAGAUUAGGGAUGGAUACAUUUUCAAAGGGAUAGUUUCUAUGGAGCCAGCUGAACCUAGAGCAUGUGGUUGUGUACAACCUCCUCCUGUAGUUGAAAAAGUUGCUCCAUACUCUACCAUCGAAAACAUCUCAAUUCAGAAGCUAACUCCAGAGUAUAAGAUGGGGAUGGAGCAUUUGGUGAAAACCAAAACACCUCCAAUGAAGGCUUCAGAACUGUGGCGAAACAAACCAGCAGUCCUUCUCUGCAUCCGACGUCCAGGGUGCAUCAUGUGUAGGGCUGAAGCUCACCAGCUAUAUGCCAAAAAACCCAUUUUUGAUUCACUGGGAAUUCAACUAUUUGCAGUUCUUCAUGAGCAUAUGGAGUCAGAGAUAAAGGACUUCUGGCCUCGAUACUGGGGUGGUGUUGUAUUGUUUGACCGCGGAACGGAAUUCUUCAAAGCACUUGGUGGAGGGAAACUGCUCAAGGAAAAAUUCCUAUCAGGUUUUGUUUUCAAUCCUCGAGCCAUAGCAAAUUACAAGCGUGCAAAAGCUAUGGGAAUAAAACAAAACUUCAAAGGAGAAGGUGAAAUUAAGGGGGGACUAUUUGUAGUUGGCAGUGGAAGGAGUGGCAUUGCAUACCAGUUUAUUGAGAGGAACUUUGGUGAUUGGGCACCUCCAGCUGAAGUCAUUGAGAUCUGUACUCAGUUGCAGCAGAACCGACAUGAAGGUCAUGAAGAGUCCAAUACAAGAUCACAGCAAUCUGAAUGAAAGUUAGAUUAGGUUGCAAUUAUCAGCCCA